UUGGUGAUGUUGCAUAGAAAAUUUUGAGACAGUGGGUUGAGGGAAGAUAAUAAUGGAGAACAUCACAGCAAGUGAAUUAGCAGGAUUAGGAGUUGGGACUCUACUAUUCUGUGCCACUAUUGCUGCUCCUAAAAUAGAUGCCCUCAUUUCUGCUUCUCAAAGGAGUAUUCUAGGCAUGUGCAGGAAUUGUGGUGACCUUAAGAUGAUAGCAUGCUCAAGAUGUAAAGGUGCUGGAAUGAUCAAAGAGGGGUCAUUUAUGAGUUUUAACCCUAUUGAAGGGACGUUGCAGUCAUUAGGCGCUCGUCAAGCAAAGGUAGGAUUUGUUUCGUGUGCCAAGUGCCAAGCUAAGGGACAUAUGUCCUGUCCUAAUUGUUCUACGUAAGUUAUUCUUGUUCUUGCAUAUGGAUAAGAAUCAUAUACCGCUCUUUUCUGCAACGAAUGAAAACUUGUCGAUGGCAGUGGUACAGUACAGUGAUCAUGUGUUGUAUUUUGUAUUUAACUGUGUUAUAGAAGGUAUAAAAACGAAUUUGGCUUUUUGGAAAUUCAAUGUUUUUCUGGGAUUUGUUAUUCGGUACA